UGUGCACGCGCGGAGGGUACCCGGGACGGGUAUGGCGAACUGGUGGCGCGCGUUUCCACGGGCGGCGCGGCGCUAUCCGUGGCCCACUAACGUGCUGCUCUACGCCGGGCUCUUCUCAGCGGGUGAUGCUCUGCAGCAGCGACUACGGGGCGGCCCAGCCGAUUGGCGCCAGACGCGGCGAGUGGCCACUCUGGCCCUGACUUUCCACGGAAACUUCAACUACAUGUGGCUGCGCCUGUUGGAGCGCGCGCUGCCAGGCCGCGCGCCGCGCACAGUCCUGGCCAAGGUGCUAUGCGAUCAGACUGUCGGAGGGCCAGUAGCCCUCUCUGCCUUCUACGUCGGAAUGAGCCUUCUCCAGAGAAAGGAUGACAUAUUUUUGGACCUGAGGCAGAAAUUCUGGAAUACAUAUAAGACUGGUCUGAUGUACUGGCCUUUUGUGCAGCUGACCAACUUCAGCCUUGUCCCUGUGAACUGGAGGACAGCAUACACGGGACUCUGUGGUUUCCUCUGGGCCACCUUCCUCUGCUUUUCACAGCAGAGCGGUGAUGGUACAGUGGCGUCCAUAUCCAUCCUCCUUCGCAGGAAGGAGGCAGGUGACAGGUCCCCAGAGAAGUAAGGUGUCCAGGACUCCCUUCCUAGGACUCAGUUCUAUCUCUCCAUCGCUCUCAAUCAUCUGCAACAAGCUUUCUUCAUUGACCAAUUGUGGACUCCAUCAUGAAGAAUUACUAUUCCAUAGGCCCACUUGAUUUGAAAUUAUCAAUGAUUAUUUUAACUUUUAUCCAAGCCUUUCCCAGUCAAUCCAGUCUGAAAAGUCUUAUUCUCUGGUAUUUUCACUUCUUUAAUGCUUUGGUUAAAAACUACAACAAUGGCAUGUAACAUUUGAGAAUCAUUAAUAGUGCUAUUCUAAUAGCCAAUUGAAUUUAAAAAAAAAAAAACAAAAAACUCCAGUUUUGGUUGUAUUUUUAACCCAAACUCUCAGGCUAUUUCCUACAUACUUUGGAAUCUGAUUGCCUUUUGUUCUUAUAGUAAAUUUUUAUGUAUAUAAAAUUCAGUCAAGAAAGUUGAAUAAUCAGUCCCCCUAUGUAUUAUUAUGCCAACACUAAAAUUCUGUAAUUAGAUGUUUUUAAUCUUCAAAAGGGAAUAGUAUUGGAUAUAUUCUGUAUAGAAUAUUUUAUUGAUACUGCCUACUUUUUUAAAAAGAAGGUUCUCUCUUUGUGUAGCUCAGGCUGGAACUCACUGUGAACCCCAGUGAAGCCUCAUCUCUCCAAGUGCCGAGAUUACAGGCUUGAACCAUUAUAUCUUCCUCUUUUGAUUUUAUAUUGCAUCACCCAAGCACAGGUUUUUAAAAUCGAUGUCUUUUAGCUUUGAGAAGAUACAGUUGACCAAAUACCCAAUGAAACAUUUGAUUUCUGAAUGAAAUUUCUAGAAAACUAAUCAUUUCUUUUCUCUCUAAUGAAGAAGUCUAAUCCGUAUUAGACUAGUGUACACAGUUUGUAGUAGCCCUCUUGCCUCCGCAUUCUAAAUAUUGGGAUUACAGUCAUGAGUCACCAUGCUUAACCAGGGUCUUACACAGACUAGAGCUCUGCCACUGACUGCAUUCGGGAUCCUGAUAGUAGUCUUUUAUAAUUCAGUGCUUUAAAAUUCUUUAUCUUUAUACUUCAAAGUGGACACAGCAAUCAUCAGCCAGUUUCCCACAUUUGUUCAGUUUGUCUAAUCUCAGCCAGCCACCUUCAGGUUUCAGAAUCAUGCAAAUAACCAGGCCUGGACGUGUGUGCCUGUCUACUCAGAAAGCUAAUGGAGGGCGAUCAUUUCCACCCAGGAGUUCAAGACUGGGCUGGAAAAAAUAGCAAGUUUCUGCUUCAAAACCACAAAAAUAAAAGAUUCAAAACUAUGAGUGUCUUAAGAAAUUUCAGGGCUGGAGAGAUAGCUCAGCGGUUAAGAGCACUGACUGCUCUUCCUGAGGUCCUGAGUUCAAUUUCCACCAACCACAUGGUGGAGCACAACCAUCUGUAAUGAGAUCUGGUGCCCUCUUCUGGCCUGCAGGCGUACAUGCAGGCAGAACACUAUACAUAAUGAAUAAAUUAAUCUUAAAAUAAAUUUCAGCCAUCUCACCUAAAAAUUGUCCCCGUGUCUCUAUUCCUUCUACUGUCAUAUAUGACAAAUUUCAAGAUGUGAAAUAGUGAAUGUAUAAGGUCAGUUUUAUAAUUCAUGUUUAAAUUUCUAAGCAAUUAAUUAAUUGUUUGUAAUAUGUAUAAAUUAUAAGCAUGCACCAUCUAAGGGUAUAAAUUAUGGAAUGUAAUAGAAAUUAUUGGGGUGGUAUGAAAGUAUAUUCCUGUAUUUUCACUUGUUAAUUGCUAUUCCCUAAGUUACUUGCUGGCAGGAUUUGGAUAUUGUCAUUUUUAUGGCCCAUCACCAGUUUUCUAUAUGUAAUUGUUUGUCCUUCCCACCACCCCAGGAAGAUUUUCUGAGACUAUCAUAUUAAAAGGCAAGCUGCCAUGGUGAAGGUCAAGCAGUCCUCAGUGCCAAAGGGCAACCCUAAGAGAUUGAUUGGGCGCUGUCCUGCUACUGAUUGGUUCAAACUGGAAUGUGGCUUUUUGUAUGAUAAAUAGCUGACCGCUGGAGCUGGGGCAGGAAGUAUGGGGCAUAACUUCUGUGCAGGCAGACACAUGGGCAGAGAUGCAGGAGACUUGGGCAGAUCCAAGGGGACUUGGAAGGAGGCAGAUGGGAAGAAGGAGGCAGAAGGAAGCUGGAAGCAUGAAGUGAGAACCACAUGGAGAGAUGCUGUGGUGGCUUGCCCAUGGGAAGUGGCACUAUUAGGAGGAAUGGCUUGUUAGAGGAAGUGAGUCACUGUGGAGAUGGGCUUUGAGGUCCUGUGCUCAAGCUCUGACUGUGAGGAGAGACCCUCCUCUGGCUGCCUUGGGAGAGAGUCCCUUUUUGUCUGCCUUCAAAAAAGAUUUAGAACUCUCAGCUCCUUCUCCAGUACCAUGUCUGGAUGCUGCCAUGUUCCCCACCUUGAUGAUAAUGGACUGAAACUGUAAGCCAGCAAACAUUAAACGUCCUUUAUAAAAGA